AUGCAACAGGCCGCUACCGUAGAUGACUCCUCCCGCAGACGGCGGUUCAAGAUACGGAGCGAGUUCGGUCUAGCAAGACAAUGGCGAAGCCGGAAGAACCGCCCAUGCGACGCCUGCCGGAGACGGCGAAGCGCGUGUGUCAUCGAAGACCGGCCACCAUGUCUUUUCUGUCGAGGAAGGGGACUGGACUGCCAAUCCACAUCGCAACCCCGGACUGCGCGGCAAUCUGGCCUCCAGGAACCAGACCCCAAUGACGAACAACUGGAUACGUUGGAAUCGCUGGCCGAGUCACAUCUCGGUGAAGACAGAGUGCUGGAGAUGCAAGCCAGUCCUGGAGAUGCUGAUGGCCAUCAUCUUCUCUCUUCACCUAAUUCCCACAGGGGGAACGCAGAGAUGCAGAGCCGCCUGUCGAGCGUUCAUCCGAGACCACAGAGCAGCAGCGAUGUCCAUGUACUUGAAACCAAAGUUCACACUCUGGAGGACGGGCAGGACUUGACAGCACAUUGUAUGGGGCUGUCGGCGGAGCAGGAUACUCAUCUCCUUGCGUCGUUUCGAUCCGUCAUCAUCAAUGAGACAAAUCGUGUCGACGGCGACAUCAUCCAGGUUCACCCCGGCAAUCCCGCCACAGGGACCCCGCCUCUUCACUUCACUAUACUAAGAGAUUGGUUCAUGCCAUACGAUGAUAGGAUCAAACACGAGUCCUCGCAGGAAAUCGAAUUCAAGGUAGGACCGCACGGCCCUGGUCUUGUCCGCCUCUACUUCAAACAUGUCCAUCCCGUCUACUGUGUCGUUUCCAAAGUUCGUUUCCUGCGCGCGUACAAGGAGGAUAAGCUGAGCAUUCCAGCGUCCCUUCGAGGAGUGGUCUACGGAAUGGGUGCGGUCUACUGGAAACAGGACCCCAUAUUAAGAACACUCCAUCGCCCAUUUGAACAAUAUGAGUUAUUCCAAGCUGCCCAAGCUUCGCUCGAACGGGAGCUUGACGCACCAAACCUCUGGAAGUUGCAGGCCUGCCUAUUGAUGAUUCACGAGAAGGCAGCCGGCAAUGGCACGUUUGAGACUCCGCGGACGUGGACUCUCUCAGCGCAAGCCGUGGCGUGCGCUCAGAUGAUAGGGCUUCACCGUGACCCGAACCAUUGGAAGAUUGCACCAUGGGAGAAGAGCCUGAGGAAGAAGUUGUGGUGGGCCACCUACGUGACCGACAUGUGGGCAUCGGUGAGCCAUGGGAACCCCUUUUUGCUCCACGCCACAUCAUACACGACUUCCAACCUGGACAUGGACGAUAUGAGAUUCGAUGAAGAUGUCCCUGAAGACCUCAAAGAUAUGGUAGACGUCGCAAGCGCAAGCUUUGAUGUUUCAACAGCCGCACGGUUCCUCGAACUUGUGAAGCUUACCCAGAUACUCCAUAACUUAUUGGACACAGCUUUCUCCGAUCACGCAUACCGAGCGGCGAUGCUGGACCUUGCAAGCCAGGAGAGCAGACUCUUGAAUAUUCAGAGAGACCUUGAAUCCUGGCAUUCGCUGAUGCCAUUGUGUGUCACCAUGAAUUACAACACGACCAGGUCUGAGUUCCGCAACAAUGCACCACUCCACCUGGCCUAUUUCGCAACUCAAAUCCUCCUCUUCCGAGCCUUGAUGACUCCAGCCUCGAUGGCUGCCAAAAAUAAUCCGCUGUCAUCCUUGCGGCGGUUUUUUGGCGCAGCAAUAGAGCAACUCCGGGCCUUCUUGGAUUUCAUGAAUGAGAUCACACUCGAGGGUCUGCAGGCAUUCUGGGGCCGACGCAAGUCAUCCUAUGGCCGAUCGCAGUUGAUCCUCAUUGGCAAUUUCUUGAUACACCUAUUUCUGCUGUCCUCCAACCCGGAGCAGGUUAGCGGCACAUUUCGACUCUUGGAGCACUUUCAUGAAUCCCUUCAGAGGAUAGGUGAGCUCGUUGACGAGGAGUCAGUAGGUCUGAUCCGGCCUGUAGCGCUCAGAAUCGACUCUUUCUUCACCCAAGCGGCGCAGAUUAUGAGACGUGGGUUGGCGACGGGCUCUUAUGCCGAAGCAAGGAUGGGGGAGACACCACCAUGA